AGGAACCGGAAGCAGUACAGUCGCAUGCGCACGUGUCUGACGCAAAAACGUGGUUUGCCUGUGUAACAACAUAAUUUUAGAACGUACUUCCAUAUAUUUCACAACAACAAAGCAAAAGCGUACAGGAUGGCCACUGCUGAAGGUGACUCAGAAAUGAGUGAAGUCAAGCAGACCGAUACCACCAAAGCAACUGAUGAUGGUGACAAAGUUAACGGGAAAGAGAAAGAAAAUGAACAAGUUAAAGAAACAAUCGGAACAUAUGCUGUGAUCCCCGAAGAUCCUCCCCUACCCCCUUUAGGACCCCCAAAUUCCCUAGAGAAAAAAAUCAUCAAGCAGCUAGAGUAUUACUUUGGAGACAUGAAUCUACCAAGGGAUCGUUUUCUUCAGGAACAGAUCAGAGAGGAGGCAGAUGGAUGGGUGUCACUUGCUAUAAUGACAAAAUUCAACAGAUUGAAGCAGUUAACAUCCAAUCUAAAGAUGAUAGCGACAGCCAUAAGGAAAUCUGAAUCAGGACUUCUGGAGGUCAGCAAAGAUGGUGUGUAUAUGAGGAGGUCACCAGAUAAACCUCUCCCAGAGAAUACAGAAGACAGACGCUCUGAACUACAAAAAAAGACUAUAUACGCUAAAGGAUUUCCUGCUAAUAUUUCAUUGGAUAAAAUUAUUAGCUUCUUUGAAGAAGGACAUGGUCAUGUGGAUACAGUUCAAAUGAGACGAGAUGCAAAUAAGAAAUUCAAGGGAUCUGUUUUUGUUGUAUUCAAAUCUCAGAGUGAUGCAGACAAAUUUCUGGCCAUGGAUGAAGUCAAAUUUCAAGAUGCUCCUCUUAAACGCAUGUCAAAGCAGCUCUACUUCAGUCAGAAGCAAGACGAAAGGAAGAAAAUGAGACUGGAACAGAACCAAAGAAAGGAAGAAGAGGAAUUAAAACGUCGUGCAGAAGAGAGAGAGAAACUAAAGGAUACCAUUACUAAAGGAACAGUUCUUCAUGUCAGCGGAAUCAAAGGCGAGGAAACAGAGAGGGAACACCUUAAGAAUUAUUUCUCAGACUUUGGGACGAUUGCUUGGGUAGACUUUGACAAAGGAGACAAAGAGGCAUGGGUGAGAUUUGAAGGCGAGAACAAAGCUGUGGAAGGUCUUGAGGCAGCAAAGAAAGCUAACGAGGACAAGAUUGUUAUCAAUGAGGACGAAGUCACUUGUGAUGUACUGGAAGGUGAUGCAGAAUUAGAACACUGGAGAAAGAUAUUUGAUGAACUCGCCGAAAGACGGGCACAAAACAGACAAGGACGUAAAAGAGGGCCAAGCAACUGGAGGGGACCAAAGGAAAAAAGAAGGAAAGAAAGCAAAGAGGAUGAUGGUGCAGACAGCGACAAUGAUGAAUGAAAGGAAUACGUUUGUAUGUAGAAAAAAUAUUUGAUGUUUGUUCCUCAAAGCUUGUCCAUGCUGUGGUCUAAGUAUGGAGGUUUGGAAUGGAGAAAACUUAAAAUGGCAGAAACGUGACAAAGAGAGACAAUUCAUUGCAUUCUAGUCCCAGGUGUCUGUCAUUUACAUUCACAAAAUUCAUGAAGAUCCACACAAAACAUGGAGGAUAGAACCGGAUUCAUGAAAAAAAAACCUCAAACAUUUAGAAAUAGAAAUGUUUUGACCCAAAACAGGGCAAGUUAAUUGUGAACAUUUUCUAUAGUAGCUAAGUUAGCGAUUCUAGGAAGAUUUUAUCUGAUCUUGAACUGUUUUAUCAUUUAUUUUAAAACAUUUUAUCACAUGCACAACAUUAAGCUAUGCAGUGAUAAACAUCUUUACAUAUAAUAUUUAAUAUAAUUCAUAACAUGUUGUGAUGAAAAUUGUGAGGGUAUUGCAGUGUCAUUUCCAAGGCAACAUUUGUGAGUGUAUUAUUAUUAUCUAAAAUAAAUGUAAGAAAAAUGUGUAAUUGUACAUGUUGUGUUUGAAUAAAGGAUAACAUGAAUUUUAGAUCCAUUUCCAUCGCAUAAGACUUUUGUGAAACUUGUUUAAAAAUUGUUUUCGCAUAAAUCCAAUAUGUUAAACCCUCGUGUUAGGUUCUGGAUGUCUUUUGGUGUGAGAUUUGGGAAAAUAUGUGCAAUUUGUCUAUGUUGAAUGUAGACAAACAGAUCUAGGUAUUUUGUACAUGAAAUGUGUAUUUUGAAGCUAGAUAUUAUACCGUCUCACUGUCAUAAGGUUACAGUCUGAUCUGUCUUAAAGGUGUAUGUAAGGUCUGUAAAGACCAUCUGCUACUGAGGGCUAUUCCAUUAAAACAUCUUCCUGACGCCACGACUCCAGAAUGAAUCGCUUCUGUCCAUGGUUGGGUUUACAACCUAUUCUAUUACAUAUAAAGGAAAUUAUCCAAAGAAAUUCUAUAGGUGUUGCCCCUAAACAAAAACUGGAGUCCGGGGUAGGGUAGAUGUUUUACUGCAAUAACUCUGAUGUGUCAUUAAGUCAUUGUAUAUGAAUUUUUAUACAAAGGCCACAUGUGACUAAAUCGAAGAAAAAAAACUAUCUAGAAAUGAUGCAUGUGACUGUAUAUUUAAGGAAGAAAUAUCUGCUAAGGUCAUAUGUUUAGAAUCUGAAUUUCACACAAUUUAUCACAUAAUAACAUUUAUUAAAAUGUAAAUGCCACCUGUCUAUUAGGGCCACAUUUCUCUGCUUCUUUGUGUGGUCUAUAUAGACAGGUUUGUUUCAUUUCAUACAAGCAUACAAAAGAGAUAAAGAAAAACUGAAAAUAUUUUCAUUCAGGAAGAUUUUUCUUGACAUGGAUGGGAGCAAAUUUAUUUUUUAAAUAACAAUUUUUAACUUUUACUAACUUUCUAAUAUUUCAUCAGCAAAAUGUCUGCUAAAUAGAUGUGUAUACUUUGAUUGAUACACAGUUAUAAAACCUUAACAGAUACAAUACGUUCAUCCGUCAUAUGUUAAUUGUUUUACAUUCAUCGGUCAUAAAAUAAAAUGCUGAAAAGGUGA